AUGGAUCCCAGGACUCCCAAACCUGAUGUCGGACUGCUCCUUGCCAAGGGCAAGCUCGUCGGUUGCCUGACCACCGGACAGUCCAAGCGAUCUACCCUUGAUUCGUCCGACAUCAACAACUUCCAUAAUCUGCUUCAGCUCGCCUUGAACGACACUACCCGCUGCACCAAAGAGUUCAAAAAGUGCCUUGCCUGGAUUGUAUGCCAUGUAGCCAAAUCGCGCCGCAGGGUUGCUGCUUUCGGUGACUACCUGCUGAAGCUAUCUGAUUCUCUGCUGCCACCAGACAUCUACUCUGAUCUAGAAAAGUCUGCCCUUCGCCGCGCUCAGAUUGCCUUGGGCGUGCUUCAUCUGAUAGAUGCCAUCUUCUUCCGCAUUCGCGAGAACCCAGCUCGACUACUUCGCAAGCCGCUCGGGACCUACUUGACCUUUGCCAAAGCCAUCGAGCCGACCGUCGUCCAACUCAUUCAAUCUGCUGCUAUCAACCGCGGCACCCAUGCUCUUCCUCUCCACCAAGAUCUGGCCUAUCUUCUGCAUCACUGGACACAAGAACGCCUCUUCACUAAUCGCAUACGUCUGGGUCUCCGUAACAUUGCCCGAAAAGCCUACACCGGCUGGCUGGAUUGGUUGGCAAGAACUCAUCAAUCACACUACGACAAGCUGGUCACGAGGAUAUAUUUCGAGAAUGUUGAAGAUGACAUCCCAGACACCCACGGCCUGCCAGGGGAUGCCUGGUUUGAUCUUCCCGUUGGAACAAUGGUCCACGCAAUGAAAGCAACGAAACCCGGUCAUCCUAUUAGAACGACACAAAUCAAGCCGUUCGACAUGCCCGUCGGAUCAGUCGACCCUGACAUGAUGGAAACAGUCCUCGAACACAUUGAGGAAUGCAAGGACAUCAAUGCGAUACCCAACAUAUCUACCACAGCGGAUGAAGAUGAAUUCCUUCUCAAUGGUCUAGGCCUUCGGCUGAGCAGAGAUCCAAUGAGCAACGAAGAUAGACCCAAGUACAAGGUCAUCGAAGGUUACUACGGCUUCAGCGUGCCUUUUAUGAAGAUCUUCCAGAACAUAGAGAAAGGCCCUUCUACUGGACCAGAGCGCCCGCAGAAUUGGAUGCCUCCACCUCCACCAGAAUUUGUCCAGCCUCCAGCUUUCUAUGCAGGGUUUCCAUCAAACGUGCCACCGCCGGGCAGAGAUACACAACACAUGGUUGGGGCCAACUAUAGACAGAACGAUUAUGGUCGUGGAAACAGUGCAGGUUGGCGGAGUGAAGAAAUGCAGGGCGGCAGGGGAGCAGGGAAUUGGCGUGGACGGGGCAGAGGUUGGGAUCGUGGUAGUAGUGGUGGUGGUGGCGGUUAUCGACCAUACUAA